CAUCUCGUGUCAUCCACAAAGCAGACGAGGAAAACAUUUCACCUUGAUGUGCAUGCGAUUGCUUUUGAUUCUCUCUAGAUGAAGUAAUCAUCUCUCUUUGACAUCCUGAUGCAGCGAUGGCUCAAUUUCGCGACGAUUCCGCAGACACUUCCCGGACGCCCCUGGACUUGCCGUCGGGUUCAUUGAAACCCUACUCCUGCGUAGUCUGCCACAGGAGGAAAGUCAAAUGUGAUCGCAAAGAAACUUGCUCAAAUUGUGCCAAGGCAAAUGUUGAGUGUAUCUACCGUCCCCCGCCACCCCCGCGGCGUCGCAAGAGGGAGCGCGAUGGGAGCAGAGGCGCAUCCCAAGAACGCGAAAAGUCAGUUCGAAGAAACAGCAGAGAGGCCUCUUUGGGAGGCAAUACAUGGCAACACCCAUCCCCAGCCAGGAACUUAUCAAAUGGUGCCGAACUAAACCAAAGCGGAUCCGGGAGGAUGAUCAUGAGGGAAGGCAACUCAGUGUACCUUGAUAAUACUCUUUGGACGAGUGUGAGCCAUGAGCUCCCAGAUGCCGCAGAAGUCCUGGGUGAUGCAGCAGAUGAUAACAGCGACAAUGCAUCUCAAGACGAAGAGGAUGUUUCAUCUAUGCUUCUGAGCCACGGGACAAGAGAAAGCCUGGCUGAAUUGCACCCUGACCCUCUACACAUAUUCAAGCUAUGGCAGACGUUUCUCGAGAGAGUCAGCCCGUUGACGAAGAUCGUCCACGCCCCAACUGUUCAGCAGCAGAUCCUAGAAGCUAUGAGCGAUCUGAAACAAAUCAGCAAAGAAUUUGAGACAUUGAUGUUUUCUAUCUAUUGCAUUGCCUUGACAUCUCUACAGGCUGGAGAUGUCGAAAAGGCAUUCGGCGAGAGCAAAAAGAAGCUUCUCUCAAGAUGCCGGCGCGGAGCACAGCAGGCCUUUAGAAAUGCUGCGUUCCUCCGUACAUCCAAUACGGUGGUUCUCCAGGCUUUCAUAUUAUACCUGUUGUCAAUGCGAGCAUUCUCAGAUCCACAUACGAUCUGGUCUUUGAGCGGCAUUGCAUUACGAAUGGCACAGAGAAUCGGUAUUCAUCGAGAUGGCUCCGGUUAUGGGCUUUCAAUCUUUGAAACUGAGAUGCGACGCCGCAUUUGGUUCCAACUCAUGAUUCUAGACGCAACGUCAGCACAAGCUUGCGGGGUCGCUGCGGGUUCAUUCGUGGACACAGCCGACACCAAACCGCCGAUGAACGCGAACGACAGCGACCUUGAUCCGCGCAUGACAGAGCCUGCAUGUGAAAAAGAGGGCCCAUCUGAGAUGAUCUUCUGUCUCGCUCGCAGUGAGUUUGGGAAAUGGCUCCGUCGCUGGAAUGCUGAUACCAGCGGCUCGGGUUCUCCGUGGGCUUUCCUGUCAUCUUCGAAAAUGUCGUUGAGUGAGAAGGAUAAGGCUAUUGAUGAACUGGAGGAUAUCAUGGAACAGAAGUUCCUGAGGUAUUGUGAUCAGUCAAUCCCUCUCCAUUUUGCUACCACGAUGAUGGUACGCUCGGCUAGUCAUUAUACCAGACUGAUGGCACAUCAUCCUCGCCAAUAUCACGGCUCGGGUACUCGAAUACCCCAGUCUGAGAAGGAUGUCAUCUUUGGGCAUUGCUUGAAGAUGGCAGAGUACGCCGACUAUGCUCAAACAAACCCCGAUGUCCAGCGCUUUUCAUGGCACAUGGUCAAUCACAUGCCAUGGGAUGCUAUAAUCUUUAUGUUGUCCGAGAUGCGAAACAGAACCGACCCACAGGAAAAAGAUAAAGUCUGGGAAAUUAUUGGCAGUAUCUAUGGCCGUCAUAUCCGACAGAUGGGUAAAAGAACACAGAUGCCUCUGCAUAAGGCCCUCGAAAACCUGUUUGUCAAGGCGUGGAGAGCCUACGUUGAUGAGUGUAACCAGCACGGCCGCACACCAAGACCUUGUCCGACAGUGGUGAGUAGCCUAUUGAGCGCUUCCAAUGGCUCCACAGAAACAAAGAUUGCCGAAGAAAAUGUCCGAAUGGAUGCGAAUAGUACUCCCAUUCCAGAAGAGCAGCCAGGUCAAGAUGCCUCAAAUGUCCCAUUCGCCACUGAAAAUGAAAGUAUGGACUUCCUACUUGGUGAUAGCCCGAUGGACUGGAGCGAAUGGGACCACCUCUUGAAUCAGUUCCAAGAAUCGCUGGUGGACGACAUGACGUUGAUGCCGGGGUCUGUGUGAUUUGUGGUAAGGCGACCAAUUUUCGGACAAAUAACGGGUAUUAUCGGGUGGUUUAGGCCAGACCAAUGAAUUAUUUGAUGGUAAACUUGCUGUCUCACGACAAGGAUAAGCGUUGCACUGGGACAGUUAGACACACUUUGAGCUGAGCGACAAUAUCGGGCUG